ACACACUCUCUCUCUCUCUCUCGCAAACGCACAUCUUUUCCACACUGAGCAUAUGAUCACGACAUUUUGCCUUGAAGUCGAACCUGAAACUGUGGGAAUAAUUUGGAAACUUGGAGGUCAUUCCGGCAGCUCUUCAUCCAGAGAGAAAUGUCCAGUCCACUAGAGCGGGUUGUAGCCCAGAAGAAGGAGGCCAUUGAAGCUGUAAUGGAGAUGUUUGAGAGAGGAGCCGAGGUGCUGGCCAGCGCUGUUGGGGAGCUGUGUCCUCUUUUUGAAGCUUCUGCUCCAGUUUUGAGGCUGGUCUUGGACAAUGUGGAAAGCAAGGAGAUCACAUAUGUCAAAGAUCAGUUUCUAGUUGUGAGGAGCAAAUUAGAUGUCCUCUCAUGUCAGUUACAGGACAUCGACUCUGAGAUAAGAAGGAGACGUUUGGAUUCCCAGUUCUUCUCUGUGGAGGAAAAUUUGCGGAACCAGUUUAGAAAAUACAUAGAUAUUCUGGAGGCCAAACCUGAGUAUAAGGAAGUCAAAAAACGAUUGUUUUUAGAGCAUUUUUUCAUAACUGGUGGAGAGAAAAACCUCUGUGUGCUUUAUGAUGCUUUGAUGGGGAACAGCACAUUUGGGGAACCGAUCCUGGAUGUCGUGGAACAAUAUGAGGCCAGAAACAGAAGGGUCCUGGAAGACUUCUGCGUCAGACUGAAGGAGCUGCUCUGUUUGGGAAUCAUCGCUCUGCUGGGAUACUGCUUCCUUACUCAGGGUGAGGAAUCAGAGCAGGAGAAGAUUCAAGUGUGGAGCACAAAGAUCCAAGAAAUUGAGACAAAAAUGAAGGAAACGAUAGAGAAAUGUGUGGAUUCGUUUCCAGAGCAAGCUGAACUAGAUAUCAAGAGGCUUGUGAAGGAGAAAGAAGAUGGGAACCUUCAGGAAAUGGCCCAGGAACUGCUGGACUUCCUGGUGAAGAAGUACGACUGGGUGAGCUGGUCCAUCAGAGUUAUUAGUAACUUGGGCAAAUUUAGCAACUUGAGAGCCGGACAAAACUUUCAGUGUGUGGCCGGACAGAAUUAUUUUGAAGUAUCUCAAGGAAAUGACACCAACCUGGUGAUCUCGUUCAGCAGCAACCCUCAGCCUGUGCCCAACGAGAGCGUAAAGCAGAUGAUGGAAGGCCCUGCGAGGAAGGGAGACGCCAAAGCUGUUGUGGUGCUUCUGGAGAAGCAGUUAGCUGGGUUUCUGGUUCACGCCAUCAGCCGUCACAAGGACAGCUUUGCUCUGUCCAGUUUUCCUGAAGAAUGUCACUACUGGGAGAAACAUAAGAACAUGAAUCUCUGUGUGCAUUCAGAGUAGAUUACUCGAUUUAGACAUAAAUAUAUAAUUACUAUUAUUAUAUUGCCAACAUUUUGCAACUGCAGCACUUGUCCUUUAUUCAUGAUCUAUAUGUCUUGAAAAACUCGUUGUUCACUCAAAGUCAUUGUUAUUUGUUCAUUGUAAGGUUGCUAUCACCUGUCUCACUGUACAUUAAAAAAAUAUUAUUUAAAAAACAAAUUUACUCUACAAAAAUAAUACAUUUGUACAUUUUAAAGGAAUAGUUAACCUAAAAAUACAGCACAUUCGGUGGAAAAAAGGGUAUUUAUUUAACACUAUUUUGGACUGGUUUGUAAAUGUUGCUUGUUCUGUGUAUACUUCUCUCCUGAUUAACACAAGUUGAUUUUUUUCACCAGAGGAAUAAAUAUUAGAGGACUUGUAUUUUAGAUGGAAGCAAUGGUUUGAAAUUAGAAAGGCCUUAAUGAUGUAUUUGCUUCUUACAAACAAGCAUCUUUUGGCUUUACAGAGUGGUGUGGAUUAUUGUGAUGUUUUUAUCAGCUGUUUGGACUCUCAUUCUGACGGCACCCAUUCACUGCAGACGAUCCAUUGGGAAGUAGAUUUAAAUUUCUUAUAAUCUGUUCAGAUGAAGGAACAAACUCAUCUAAAUACUGGAUGGCCUGAGGGUGAGCACAUUUUCAGCAAAUAUUCAUCUUUGGGUGAACUAUUCCUUUAAACAUAUUAAGCACGGUGUAAAUUCAACUGCCAUAUAUUCAAACUUAAUAUGUUGAGUAUUUGUGUUUUAUUACUGUGCAUGUUUGCAUCAAAAUGUUAUAAUCGAACGAUGUCUAUCUGAAAACAUUCCGUAGGCAGCAAACGUGUUAAAUGUUGUGUGAUGUUGUGUAAACAAAUGCUUUGUAGUAAUAAAAACUGAAGCAAUGCAACUGGACAGUA